ACUCUAGAGUCCAGUCUGUUUAUAACCGUAUGCGCGUGCGCUUCUCCGCAAUGAAACUCUAUGUUGUAUUAUUUACGUUGUGUAUUCUAUUACAAUACACCGAUAGCCGGUACGUUGACUGGUUUCCGCAGAAUUUAGUCGAUAAAUUCACAAAUAAAACCUCUCAAAUCACAAAUUAUGUUCGCGAAAAGGGACGGAGUUUGAAACAGUUUUAUGUCGAAAAUGUUCGAAAACGGAUCACGUCUUAUCUAAAUAUUAACCAAACCGAGGAUGUUACCGAUAAGCCAACGCGGAUGCGAAGAAAGUUCCAUGGAUACCUGGAAGACGCAAGGGCGAAUGAUAAAAAGGUAUUUGACGUUAUCGCGCCUGAGAGAAUGGAGUAUAAUUGUAACGAUAACGACCCAGCCAUUCAUAUGACAACGCCGCAAUUAAUUGCUCAACAUGGCUACCCUUCCGAAUCUCAUACGGUUGUUACAGCCGAUGGAUACAUUUUAACCAUCCAUCGAAUACCGUAUUCUAAAAAUUCGACCAAAAUCAGCCCAAGGAAAACAGUGCUACUACAUCACGGCUUGCUCGGGAGUUCCGCUGACUGGAUCAUCCCUGGUCCGGAUAAAGCCCUCCCGUACAUUCUCUCUGAAGCCGGCUACGAUGUGUGGCUAGCAAAUGUCCGUGGAAACACUUAUUCGAAAGCUCACGUUAGUCUCAAUACAGAUACAUUCGAAUUCUGGAAUUUCACAUUCCACGAAGUCAGUCAACACGAUUUACCUGCGGUUAUCGAUUACAUCAUGGACCUGAAGGGAUGGGACGCUAAAAUCAACUAUAUAGGUCACUCAAUGGGUACAACUGUGCUAUUUGCAUUGCUGUCAACUAAAACUCAUUAUAACAAGGUACUUAGAGCUGGUUUUGCCUUGGCUCCCGUCGCCUAUAUGACGGAUAUUAAAAGCCCCAUUCAUCUCUUGGCGAAAUAUAGUUCUAAUAUUGAAUAUCUCUUCAAAUUACUUGGUGCAAAUGAAUUUUUACCACCCAAUGCGGUUCUACGAUGGCUAUCAAAACACGCGUGCGAAAUAAACAAGCUGGAAGAGGCGAUAUGUGAGAACUCUAUGUUUGUAAUAUGUGGGCAUGACGAGGGCCAGUUCAACAAAAGCCUUUUACCUCUCAUAUUGAGUCAUGAGCCUGCCGGUGCGUCCACGAAAACCUUGGUACAUUAUGCGCAAGAGAUUCGAACAGCUGGACGAUUCCAGCAAUUCGAUUAUGGUCCUGAUGGAAACAUAAAGCAGUAUGGAAGUCCGUCGCCUCCUGAAUAUCCAAUACAUAAAAUAACUCUUCCUAUCGCCCUAAUUAGCUCCCAAAACGAUUGGCUCGCAAGUGACGUCGAUGUUACUAAUCUAUACGUACAACUCGUUAACCCGAUAGAGCAUUACAUAGUGCCUUUAAAGGAAUUUAAUCAUAUCGAUUUUCUGUGGGCGAUAGAUGCUAGGAAACUAGUCUAUAACAAACUUCUCGAAUUAUUAGAAGAUGGCGUGAGUAACUCUUCUCCGUAUGUAAUGCAACAAUUAUUAGAUAAAUAACAGUAAUUUUAGUAAAAUAUUGGCUUUUUACAUGUUUUUGUUAGCUGAAAACCAAAGUUUUUAUUUUAUUUCAAACUUUAUAUUUUGGGUUCAUUCGUACCUACAAUUAACUUUGUAUAAUCGUAAAUUUAUGAAUUAUUCUGCGUUAAAUACAAAAAUGCGUAAAGUAUUCACAUUCUAAUGUAUGAUACUGGCCUAAAUAUAGCGAAAAUCACAGAAAUUAUCGGUUCAUAAUAUUUGAAACACAGCCAUAAUUGAUGUUUACAUAAUGAUACAACAUAAUAUAGUUUGUUGUUAAAAAGAACAAUUGUAAACAAAAAAAUUAUGAAUCAUUUGUUUUUGAUGAGUUUGAUAAACAUAAAUAUGACUCAUACUUAUUAAUCAAUUGAACUUUAAACUUAAAAAUGGGAAAUUAAUAUAUUAUUAUAUUGGCUAUAAAAAAUAUAACAAAGUCUUAACAUUUCGUUAAAAAAUUGUUGUUAUUUUUCUUUGCUGCGCAUAUUUUGGUAAAGUUCAUAUUAUGUUUAAGAAACAGUUUUUAAUCGGUAUGGCUUUUUUACCGACAUUUCUUAGUAUAUAAAAUAUUAAUUUAAUUAUAGCUCCGCGAGAUCUAUGGUAUGUAAGUCGCCAUAAUAUGAUACAUACCAGCAGUAAGCUAACUUUUAUGUACUAAUGUUUACAUGCACUCGAUUCAAACAUGCCAGCAACAGCUGACUUUGACAGUUGACAGUAGUUUCUAGUUAUUUAUAUUUUAUUAUUAUGUGCUGUGGUAUGUUACUAUGUUAUGAAAAUUUUAAAUGUAUGUUUAGGUUAGGAAAUAUAACGUUGAAGUCAACAUAUUAGAACUUUCUUGUAUUAAAUUGACUCAUAACUUUAUUCACUAAACGGAGGUUAUAAAAUGAGAUGGCGUUUAAUAAAGGUUGGCGUUAUGCAGCAUU